AAGCUUAAAAGCCAUGGAUCUCCCAUCCCGCUUCCCCAAAUUGCAGACUGUUCAACAAAAAAAGUCAUGGAUCUGAAUCCUGAGAAGGGAAGUGAGAGGAAGAAAGCCACCCCCCCAAUGGAAGAUCUGCCUAGAAAAGGGUUGGAUGGAUCUUCUUCCCUCAGAAGUGAUCAUCGACAUUCUAUCGAGACUACCCAUCACCUCCCUUGCUCAGUUCAAGAUAACGUUCUCUUCCGGCCGUGCUUUAGCUGCCGAUCGGAGACUCCCUGCCAUGUUCCUCAACUGGGUCAGUGAUGCUAACCCAUAUCUGAUCAUGAUCAACCUUGACCCAUCUGCUGGCAAGCAACUAUACUUUGUGGAAAGUGAUGUCCCGGAUGAAGGGUAUAGCAAUACUACAAGAAAAACCAAUCCUUUGAGAAAAGUUUCUAACUUUGAUUUGAUUUGCAAUCCUUUUGUUAGAGAUUCUCAUUCUAUAGAGUUGCCUAUCCCCAAUCGGUUUAUGAACCAAAGGGAAGUCUUUGGAUUUGGGUUUCAUCCAAGGAGUAGAGAAUUCAAAGUGAUUAGAAUUGUGUUCUAUGACCUGAUCAUGACAGGGCAAGAAGCAAUGGUGACUGUCCACAACUCAGAGGUUCAGGUGUUUACCACUGGAACAACAGAAUGGAGGAAGAAGGGAGCUUCACCAUAUCUAUUUGAACCAAAACCAUCAGAGGCUUUGGUGGAAGGAUCUCUGCAUUGGACUCUUCCAAGCCUGGGCUACCCCUGCAUCAUCUCCUUUGAGUUGGCUGAGGAAGCUUUUCAGAAAAUCCCACUGCCUCGUAUUGGAUUUUACUCUACAGCUUAUCAUCUUUGCGUGCUUAAUGGGCGCCUAUCCAUUGCUGGAUUCAUCCAUGGCUGCCAAUUGGACAUCUGGGUGAUGAAGGAAUACAAUGUGAAGGAAUCCUGGGUUAAAGAAUUCUGUAUUACAACAAAUUAUGCUCCUUUGUUCUUCUUCGAUGGGCAGAAUAAUGCUCCUCUAGGAAUGUUGAUUGAAGAUCUUGCUUCAAGCUGGGUGGGAAGAUGCGUAAGGGUAUUGUGUGUCUUGAAGAACGGUGAGAUUGUGUUGGAGUGUAACAAGAAGGCUCUGGUUUCUUAUGAUCCUGAAACUAACAGGUUCAACGCUUUAAAGAUCAACCGUUUGCCGCAGCAGUCCCAAAUCUUUGAUUUCUAACCUACACUGUUCUCAGCAAAGGAAACCAUUGAAUUAAAAUGAAGCUUUAACCUUCACUACUCAUAUAUAAUUUCCUUUUUUUUUUUUACUAACCUCCAGUGUCCGUAACGACAUUAGAUCUGAAGAACGGAGAGAUUGUGUAAGAGUAUAACAAGUGUUCUAAUGCUUCUCUUGGAAUGGUGAUUGAAGAUUUUGCUUUCAGCUGGGUGGGAAGAUUCAUAAGAGUUUUAUGUUCCGAAGAACGGGAAGAUUGUGUUGGAGUGUAACAAGAAAGCUCUGGUUUCUUAUGAUCCUAUGAACCCCAAAGAUCAACCGGCUCCCGUAGCAGUUCAUAGCUUUUGCUUUCCAGCAUGCUCUGUUCUCAGUAAAGGAAACCUUUGAAAUAAUCUUCACAAGAAUCACAACUCUUCUUUAGUAUACGGAUAUUUAAUUUCCUCUUCUUUAGUCAAGCUUCCAUUGUUUAUAUAUUGAUUAAUUAAUCAUAUUUUGUAGU